AUAAUUUGAUAAUUGAUUGGACAAUGAUUUUAGAAAUAGAUUACAUAACUGUGCCAUUAAUAUGUCUCGCAAUUUGCAUAUAUAUAAUGUACAGUUCCUGUUGUCUAUCGGUACAAAAAGCCAGACAACUGUAUUGUAGUCAACGGACACCAGCCGAUGAUAUCAAUAGCCAAACAAAACUAUUUAUUUAUCAGUAUUUGAUUACAAUAUAUGUAGCACCGGGUGGUGUAUUCAAUCAGACUAACUGUCUAUAUCUGGAUCUCUAUACGAGAAAUCAGAUACUAAUGGUAUCGUUGACUAUACCGGGCGGUGAUAUCGAUACCGGUAACGGUAUAUCGCAUGUAAUGUUGAACAAGACUACCGGUUUAAAACCAAUAACCUUUGUCCGGGCCAUUCACGAUAGCCGCACGUGUGCUAACCGUUUCUAUCUGCAGGGCAUACGUGUAACUGAUCAACAAUUUGGUUAUUCAGUAAACUAUUUGGUCGACCAAUACAUCCGAUUAGAGCCAUUGCAGACAGCAGUCAAACAUUCAAUAGUCAGACCACGUGUUGACCUAUUAUGGACUCAAUUGAUGAGACCAUUGUUCUGGCAUUCAGAUAGAUGUCCAACAAAAUUGAUGGCAACUCCCGUUCAAUAUCCGACUUACGGUUUUCUAGUACUACCAAUGCUUACACUAACCGAGCGAUUGAUGUUUCAAUCAUAUCUGUUAUCACUAUUGUAUUUCUAUAAUAAUCUCUUAGCAAACUUGUUGUCCACAUUACCAUUGUUUGACAAUAUAUGUCUGUUUAAAGUGUCGGUACCAGUAGCCAGUUGUCUGGCAUUUAAUUCGACUAAUUUUAUAGCCUAUUUCUAUCGGUCGGCCCUAAAGUCUAAUCACCGAUCAAAUGAUAUUUCACAAUCGUUUCGCCAGAAACUAUGUUCACUGUUAAAGUCGAUGUUUAGUCUAUAUCUACCGGUGAUGUCGAUUAUCUUACUAUUAUAUCCAUUGAAGUUUGACAGCAGUUCAUCGGUAUUCAAUAAUCGGCGAUUAUUUGUCGACAACCAAUCAUCGGAUGAAUCAAUUGUCAAUUUGCUGUACUAUAUGUCAAGUCUAGUCCUGUGUCUGACAUUGUGGCCACUGAUCGCCGGUUUAUGUCGUUGUCUAUAUCUAUGUCUCGUUGGUUGUCCACAAUCGGAACGUUUCGACGAUUUAGUGGAAAAAUCUAUAAAUUUGAACGAAAUGUCUAUCGAAAAGACCGAAACUUAUACCAAAUCAGGACUUAAUGACUAUUACAACAAACAGAACUUGAGAUAA